UCGGGAAAUGUCGUAAAUGCGGCAUGUCUAUUAAACGCAUCGUACGAGAGACAGUUUAUUUGGAUCACACCCUCCUGGGUGACUCAUCCAGACAAGCAUAAGAGACUCGGCAACUUAAUUAGCAAACAUCACUGAAAAAUGGCAACAACAGGCCAGGUGAUCAAAUGCAAGGCAGCUGUUGCAUGGGAGCCUGGGAAAACUCUGUCAAUUGAGGAUGUGGAAGUGGCUCCCCCUAAGGUCCAUGAAGUCCGCAUCAAGAUUGUUGCCACAGGCGUGUGCCACACAGACUGGGAAUACCUGUAUGAGACUGGAAAAGGGAUGAAAUUUAGACCAUUCCCUCUAGUUCUCGGCCAUGAAGCAGCAGGUGUAGUGGAGAGUAUUGGUCCAGAAGUCACAAAAUUCUCACCGGGUGACAAAGUUAUUCCUCUUUUUCUGCCACAGUGUGAGAACUGUGAACGAUGUCAGAGUCCUAAAACAAAUCUGUGCAGGAGAAACUGGUCAAAUACUCAAUUGGGUGUAUUGGCUGAUGGCACAAGCAGGAUCUCUUGCAAGGGGCAGCAUGUAUACCAGUUCCUUGGUGUCAGUUCUUUCUCCCAGUACACUGUGGUUCCUGAUACCUCACUUGCAAAGAUAAGAAGUGAUGCACCGCUGAAUAAAGUGUGUCUGCUAGGCUGUGGUGUCUCCACUGGUUAUGGUGCUGCUAUUAAUACAGGCAAGGUUGAAAAAGAUUCCUUGUGUGCCGUGUUUGGGCUUGGAGCUGUCGGACUGGCUGCCAUCAUGGGCUGCAAGGCUGCUGAGGCGAAAAGGAUCAUUGGGGUUGACAUCAACCCUGACAAGUUUGAGAAAGCCAAAGUGUUUGGAGCCACUGAAUGUGUCAACCCCAAAGAUCAUAGCAAGCCCAUCCAGGAGGUUCUGGUGGAUAUGACGGAGGGAGGAGUAGACUUUGCUCUGGAAUGUGUUGGAAGUCCACCUGUCAUGAGUGCUGCGCUGGAGUCUACAACAGAUGCCUGGGGCGUCUGUGUCAUCGCUGGGUGGACAGAGACAGAAGUAAUGAACGUCAUGGUUGAAAAGAUCCUGAUGGGACGCACUUUGAAGGGCACUUAUUUUGGAGGUUGGAAGAGUGUGCAGGAUGUGCCUAAAUUGGUGGACAGCUACAUGGACAGAAAGCUGAAACUUGAUGAGUUUAUCACCCACAACCUAUCGCUGGAUCAAAUCAAUGUGGCCUUUGAACUUUUGAAAAGUGGGAAAAGCAUCCGUACUGUAAUCAGUCUGUGGCAAGAGAAGACUAAACCUGGAGUGGCUACCUUCUAAUAUGAUGGAUUGACAUUCAAUGUCAUUGUAAUGAUAUUUUGAAUACAAUUCUGUAGUGUAUUUUUUAAAAUGUUAUUCUUGACUUUGUAGCAAAUCAUCUCAUUGGCCACUAGAUGGCAGUCUUAUGCCAUGUAAAAGCUUAUGUGUUUGAAUGCCAUCUAACUUUAUGAAGACAUUGCUUUUGUAUCUGCAAAGAAUGUUGUGUUUUUAUUCAGAUUUUUUUAUAUAUAUAUAUAUAUAUAUAUCUGCAGUAACAAGAUUCUCUCUACAUCUGUCAUACUUGGCAGCUACAGCGAUUCUGGUUCUGAUAUCAAUGUGAAGUGGUAGUUGGAAUUAAAUACCCUUGUAUAGAAGGUAGGGACCAAAUGGCAGAAUCUGUCAUCAGGCAUGGAGAAGUAUAUGCCUCAUGUGGUCAGGCUUACCAAAUUUUGUCCUUGGUAACAUUAUAUAUUGAUUUAAUAGGGAGCCGACGAGAAGGGCUAGCAUGACAGUAGUGGGCUGUCAAGACAGAAGACAAAAGGUUUUUUGGGGAAUGCUUCUCAGUGAAGAACUGAAAUAGCUGUCAUAGGAAUUUGUUUUAUUGAAGUUCCAUUCAGAUUAAAUGAAUACCCUUGGCAGUUUCCUCUGUUUUUCCAUCUUUAUUUAAAAUGGAAAAUAAAUUGUUGAUACUCCUCUUA